AUAAACCCAUUUAGUCACAAAAGAUCAUUACUCAUUAGACUUUUCCACUACCCCAAUUCUCUUUUCCUCUUCAACCAACAUUCUCCCCCUCAGAAAGAAGCUUCUCCUCCUCCUUAUCUUACUUCACAUUUUAAAAACUUAAUAUCCUCAAAGUGUCUCCAUUAAAAGAGAGUUAGAAAUGACGAAGAUUGGAGGCAUUCUUCUUUGUUUAGUCAUUGUGGGCUUGGAUGUAGCUGCUGCAAUCCUUGGAAUCCAAGCUGAAGUCGCCCAAAAUCAGGUGAAGCACAUGAGGCUAUGGUUAUUUGAGUGCAGAGAACCGAGCCAAGACGCGUUUAGGCUCGGUCUUGGUGCAGCCGCGAUAUUGGUAGUGGCUCAUGUCCUACUCAACUUGGUCGGAGGCUGUCUCUGUAUUUGCUCUCAAGACGAGUUUCAAAGAUCUUCUUCCACUAGGCAAAUCUCUAUGGUUUGUCUCGUCCUCACUUGGAUCGUAUUCGCCGUAGGAUUCGGGAGUAUAGUGAUCGGGACGAUGGCGAACAACAAGUCAAGAACCUCUUGUGGGUUCACACAUCACCAUUUCCUCUCCAUUGGAGGGAUUUUGUGUUUUCUUCAUGCCCUCUUCUGCGUCGCUUAUUACGUCUCUGCCACUGCGGCCAAAGACGAAGCUGCCAAGUGAAGACAAAGCGGCACGAUAAACGAUGGAACACACAGGUGGGUCCUUGUCCUUGACUAUAUAUAUUCUCCAAUUAAUAGUAAUUUGUUUACUAUGUUGUAAUCAUUUAACCUAAUUUCGAUUUUUAUUUUGAAUUCGUUUCACUUGUUUCCAAGUCACUUUUUGUAAUUUGGAGAGCUGUGUCAUUUUGAAAGAAAAGAUGAAAAGCUUUUAUGUCACGCUCUGCUGUCGCAUGUGGGGUUGUAUUGCACUAAUGAUAAUGACAUUUGGUGGAAUCUCGUC